CUUCCUGAUUCCCGUUGUCCAUACAUAUGAUACAUACACGUGAAGGUCAGCAAUAGAGCCAUAAGGCUUUCAUAUUUACACAAAAUAUUGCUUUACGACCUAAUUUUAGUUAGAGAUGGAGGGCCAGGGAGCGACAGCCGACCCUCAGCUUCAGCACUUCAUCGAAAUUGAAUCUCAGAAACAAAGAUUUCAGCAGCUGGUUCAUCAAAUGACUGAGGUUUGCUGGGAGAAAUGUAUGGAUAAACCCGGACCCAAGCUGGAUUCAAGGACAGAAAUGUGCUUUGUUAACUGUGUGGAGCGAUUCAUUGACACCAGCCAGUUCAUCCUCAACAGACUGGAACAGACUCAGAAGAGCAAGGGCUCUUUCUCUGAGACCAUGUUGGACUAAAAACAUGUCAUUGGAAGGAUUGACAAGACACAUGCCCACCGCCUUCUGCUCUGUGAGGAGGCCGUUUGGUCCUGACGACUGGCCGCCGGCUGCAGAACUGUACCUUCAAAUGGAAAAAGGAACAACAACAAGUGUUACUUUUGAUAAAAGUGCCUCAGAUUAACACCAUGGAUGGACAUUCAGAAUCUAGGGUUUUAUUUGUCCUCCGCUUUAGGUCAGUUGUUAGCAGAGACCUUAUGUUAGUUUUGUCUGUCAAAUCGUGGACUUCAGUUCACUGGUCAAACUAUGAAAUUGAGUUUUGAAUGUGUCAGUAUCCAUCAUUAUAACAAUUGGGUUGAGCGUGUGUGAGACUGCAAGAAAUCUGGAUGCAUCUGGGACAUUGAGCUUGCCAGAUGUUUCUGACAGCUACAAGGAUUCCACCGUACUCGGCUGUAAUUUAAGAGAACUAACCAUGUCUUGACUGAAGAUGAGUGAGUUACCCGACUGUACGUAUGCAAUAAACAAAAUGCCAAAUAA